AUGCUGCUCUCGCUGCCUCUUCCGGCGCUCAGACGACUCGUUGUCUGCUGCGUGAGAGGGAAGCAGCACGGGUGCCGGGGCUUUGUCGCUGCGUCCCAGCUCAGCCAUCGCGGAGCCAUGACCAAGGGCCUUGUUUUAGGCAUUUAUGCCAGAGAAAAAGAAGAUGAUGCCCUUCAGUUUACAAGCGCAGGAGACCAUUUUGACAAACUUGUAUCUGGAAAGCUUAGAGAACUUUUGGCCAUAUCUGGGCCUCCACUGAAGGCAGGCAAAACACGUACAUUUUACGGCCUUCAUCAGGAUUUCCCCAGUGUUGUUGUAGUUGGUCUGGGUAAAAAGACAUCUGGGAUAAAUGACCUGGAAAAUUGGAAUGAAGGCAAAGAAAACAUCCGAGUUGCUGUUGCAGCUGCAUGUAGACAGAUCCAGGACCUGGAGAUUCCUUCUGUGGAUGUGGAUCCCUGUGGAGAUGCUCAGGCUGCUGCAGAAGGAGCUCUUCUUGGCCUCUAUGAAUUUGAUGAGCUAAAGCAAAAAAAGAAGACUGUAGUUUCUGCUCAACUCUAUGGAAGUGAUGAUGAAGCUUGGCAGAAAGGAGUUGUGUUUGCUAAUGGGCAGAACCUAGCCCGACACUUGAUGGAAACACCAGCCAACAAAAUGACUCCGACUAAAUUUGCAGAAACCAUUGAGCAGAAGCUCAAAAGUGUGAGCAGCAAUACCACAGUUCACAUAAGGCCCCAAUCUUGGAUUGAGGAACAAGCAAUGGGAGCCUUCUUAAGUGUGGCUAAAGGUUCUGAUGAACCACCAGUCUUCUUAGAAAUCCACUAUAGAGGAAGUCCAAAUGCAGAUGACUCACCCUUGGUGUUUGUUGGGAAAGGAAUCACCUUUGAUAGUGGUGGCAUCUCGAUCAAGCCUGCUGCAAACAUGGAUCUCAUGAGAGCUGACAUGGGAGGGGCAGCAACCAUAUGUUCAACCAUCAUCACGGCGGCAACGCUAAAAUUACCACUUAAUCUUAUUGGUUUGGCUCCACUUUGUGAAAAUAUGCCUAGCGGGAAGGCUAACAAACCAGGAGAUGUUGUCACGGCAAAGAAUGGGAAGACAAUACAGGUUGAUAAUACAGAUGCAGAGGGGAGGCUCAUACUAGCUGAUGCUCUCUGUUAUGCCCACACAUUUAACCCAAAGGUUAUAAUAAAUGCUGCAACAUUAACAGGUGCCAUGGAUAUAGCUUUGGGCUCAGCUGCCACUGGAGUUUUUACCAAUUCGUCCUGGCUCUGGACUAAACUCUUUGAGGCAAGCACUGAAACAGGGGACCGUAUGUGGAGGAUGCCUCUCUUUGAACAUUAUACAAGACAGAUUGUAGAUUGUCAGCUUGCUGAUAUUAAUAAUCUUGGCAAAUACAGAUCUGGGGGAGCUUGUACAGCUGCAGCAUUCCUGAAGGAAUUUGUAACCCAUUCUAAAUGGGCUCAUUUAGAUAUAGCAGGAGUGAUGACAAAUAAAGAUGAGGUUCCAUAUCUUAGGAAAGGAAUGACAGGAAGGCCUACAAGGACUCUGACAGAGUUCCUAAUUCGAAUGAGUGAAGACAAAGAAAAUUCUCAAUGAAGUACUGAUCUUGGAAUUGUUAUAUUGUAGCUUAAAUCGGAUAUUUGGAUUAAAACAAUGUUUUAAAAGGGGCUUAAUGAGGCUUCAGAAACCUAGACUAAAAUGAAGCACAUUUGGCUAGUAUCAAGAAUGCAACCAUUUUAACUUUAAACAAAGAUUCAAUGAUGAAAGGCAAAUUUUACAUAGGACCUGAUGAUGGAUUUUUAAAAAGAUGUUUAUAAAAUAUCAUUGAUUGUUUUAAAAAAACAGUAAUCAAUUUCUAAUGAAUAAACUGAAUUAAGAGGUAAAAUGCUAAUUAUUUUUUAUUUGUUACUAGAAACCAUGAACAAAGAUACUAUGCAUUGAACAAUAAAUUCAUCUUUCUAUGCUA